AUGCAGCGCUGGCUGGUGAUCUUUACAUCGCUGUGUUCCACUGGGACUGCUGAGCUGUCGGAGUAUUCGGAGUUCGCCAAAGCCUUCCUAGCGAGCUGCCAACUACGAAGCCAGCACUUGGACCCGGCAGUCUGGGAGACCUCGAGCGCGAGCCCCCCUGGCCCGAGCCCUCUCUCACUCUGCGUGGAUGACUGCUCCGCGGGCUCCGAGGCAGUGAUCCUUGACUUCCUGGAGCCGUUUAGUGCGGUCACUGUUUGUACGCAUCCUGGGCAGAGCCCCUCACGUGCACGCCGAAGCGUCAGGUUGCUGUUGGAAUGCCUAGAAACCGACCCAAGCCAUUCCGAGGUGUGGUUCCGCUCUUGCCUGCAUCAGCUCAGAGCCAGACAGGCUUUUGCCACGAAGUCUGGCUUGUCUGCGCAGAAUUUGCGGAACAGCCUGCAGACGAACUGGGGGGAGGGCCAAAGCCGGCGGCUGCUCAGUGAGGAUCCUGGGCCGAUGCUUUGGCUCCUGCUGCUCUGCUUCGCAGCCUUCGGGGGCUGCCUGGCCUGGUACUGCAGGAAGUCUUCGUCUUGUGCCUGGAAAGUGCGAGCGAGAAAGGUGGUUGCGCGGGAAGGACCACCUCCAGAUACCCACUGGCGAUGUGCCCACGGGGGGUUGUGGUGGAAGGGGGCCUCGAGCACUUCUCUAGAGGUCGAAGGGCUUUCAGACGAGGAGCACCGCGAGCCGAGCCAUGGUCCAGAGCAGUUGCCGAAGUUCCAGGACACGUGGACCGACUGCCGGCCCGCGUCAAGCCCCGGACGGAUGAGGUCGGUGACCGGGAAGCCAGGAGCUGAACCAAGGACACGAGCAUGCUCCGCGCCACCUCGAGCCGACUGGUCAGAGGAUCGGCCAGCGACAGCGCCCGCUUCGCCUGGAGCCGCCUCGGCUUCGGAGCAUUUCGGCUCCGCUUUCAGCAGGCGCCAAGCCUGGGAUGCCCGGUUUGCAAAGCUGGGUUCGGAAUCAGAUGUCCCCUUCCGGCCGAGGCCUCCCGCUUCCCAGCGUGGCUUUGCGGCCUCGUUUCCAGGUCCUUGUCAUGGCGAACGCCCUUGCACGCCAGCGGACACGGCUCCGCAUUUGGAAGUCGACUAUGGCACCUUGGACCGGGAGACCAACGCGCAGGAGUUUGUCACGUUCCCAGUUGAGUCAGCCAAGUGUACUGAGAAGUUUGGCCGGGCUGUCACAGAGGAAAUAGCAAUCAAAGCAAGCCUUGUGCUGCCUCUUUCUCGCCGCCCCGCCAUGGUGGUGUCGGGCUGGGCCGAUGUCGCAGAUGGAACUUUGGCAGGCCAUGGAAAAGGUGGUCUCCUGGUUCGGGAAGGCCGCGCCCUGGAUUCUUGCGAGGUGCAGCAACGCCUGGCGACCGGCGCCCUGAUCCAGGAGCAGAAGCUGCAAGCGGGGCGCUUGCACUACAGACUGCUGGCCGGCUUCGGGCCGGAGGAGGGCUGGGUCAGCAUCUCGCUGAAGAACCGUGCCCUAGCACAGCGCGUCUGCUUGCCCAGCAGGGAGACACUGGAGGAUGCAUGUUUCCAGCAUGACAUCAAGCCCAUGAAAGCCGCUACCGAGCUGGAACUAUUCCGGCUUCUUGCAGACUUGGACGUUCCGCUGGUCUGCCCAUCUUUCCCUGAUGCCUCAACGGCAGCGUGUGAGGAUCUCGUAUCGGCGACCAAGGGCCCGGACUUCCGAGAACACAGCGGCAGCGAUACCGAUGCAGGUCAGUGGCUGGCCGACUUACAGGAAUUUGACGCAUACAGAACAGAUCCGUAUCAGCUGUUCGGCAUCCCGUACGAUGCAACCGAUGCCACCAUCAAGUCGACCUUCCGCAAGCUCUCACUCAGGGUGCAUCCUGAUCGCUGUCCAGGAGAUGUGGCCGCGGCAAGCAGGUUCCUGCAGCUGACACAAGCGAAAGACUUUUUGCUCGAUCCGUACCAACGUCGAGCUUUCAACGAAGCGCACGGCUUCUUGACCCCGACCGUCAAUGUUGCCUGGUGGUCAGAUUGGGACGAGAUUUUCGGAGAAAUCGAGCCUGACCCGGAUGUGGAGGCACCGCCCUCCGUCCCGGCUGGACUACCAGACCCAAGAGUUGACAUCCUGAUCUUGGGAGCAACAGGUAUUACGGGCACUCUGGCCUGCAUGGUGAUGCGGCGAGAGACGAGAGGUCGCUCUUGGGCCAUCGCCGGGCGCAGUGGACGCCGCUUGCAGAUGCUGGAGCACAAGUUUGGGCAGGGCUGCUUCCAGUGCUCCCUUCGUGUCGAGAGCCGCCACGACUUGGAGCGUGUGGUGGGGACGGCGCGUGUGGUCUUGGACUGCACUGGACCGUCCCACGACGUCGGGGUGGCUGUGGCCGAGGCCUGCGUGAAGACUGGCACGCACCUGAUAGAUAACACGGGCGACAUACUCUUCUCGAAAGAGGUCAAAGACAAAUUGCAUGGCGCGGCCAAGGCAGCUGGAGUGUGUCUCCUUCUUCAUGCUGGCUACGUCUCUGUCCCUACAGACUUCGGAGUCUGGCGGCUGGUGCGUGGAAUCAAGGAAGAGACGGGCGCUGACACCAAGAAGGUGGAUGUUUACACAUAUACCCAAGGGUUUGUGAUGAGUGGCACGAGUCUGCUCACUGGAACGAAGACUACCUUCAAGGAUUUGCAUGCAGCCGGAGCUCCCUUUGUGCUUGGGGGGAUGCGGUCUUGUGGUGUGCGGACGGAAGAUCGCGCGGAUCCGCCUCACAAAGAUGAGAACUCGUUCAUGGUCGCAUAUCCUGGGUUGAACGUGGACCGCCAGGUGGUCCGUGGGACUUGCGGCUUAAUGGAUGCAGUGGAGCCAUAUGGCGAGAACUUCCUCUUCAAGGAUUGGUUUCUGGUUGUGGACAAAAGGCCAGAGGAGAUGACGAAGCAGGAAAGUGCUCAAGCCUCUCGACUCUCGGGGAUCGGUGUCAGCUUGGGCGGCGGUCUUGGUCACAGCCUCAUGGUGGAAGCGAAGAAGAUUCCACCCCCUGGCUGGGGCCCAAAGGAGAGAAUUCGACAGGAGACUUUCGUCACCAAGGUUUUCGUGGGCGUCGCCGAUGCGGCCAAUGAGGCGAAGAUGCACAUCGUCAUGAACGCAGGCCCCGGUGGCGUCGGGGACCGGUACGAGGGCACCGCCGCCAUGAUGAUCGAGGCUGCCUGCUGCCUUCUGGAUACCGCUGACCAAGGAGGCGACUUGCGCAGUGGAUGGGGGACACCCGUGUACCAUUUGGCACACCUCGGCUUCUAUGAGCGGCUGGUCUCGCUCGGCUUUGCCUUCCACUGCUACCAGGGGGCCCCUACAAGCUCCUCAGCGCGAAGAGUCCAGCACCUCCGACAUGUCAGACGCGUGACUGCAAGUGCAGACAGGAAGAAACUCUUCAAAGAGCUGCAGCUACGAUGGCAUCCAGACAAGAAUGUGGGCGACGAAGUUCACGCUUCGGAGAUGUUCAAAGCACUGCAGGAAAGCAAAGGAUGGUUUCUGCUCGAGGAGCGUGUCUGGACUGCACCCGGAGUGGUCCAUUCAGAGACGCUGUGA